CCGGCGGAAAAAGGCGGGACGAUAUAGACUGGGUGCGGAAAAAGGGCGGGUCGGCACACAGGAGGGGGGGGGGGGGAGGGGGCGCGGCGCGGGUGGUUAGAGAGUUGUGUGCGUGCGCAGAUCGGUGUCGGUAGCGGCGGAGGCGGAAGGUCGUCGGAAUGGCGGCGGGAGUGUGCGCUCGUCUUCAGCAAAGCGCACGUGCGCAGUUGCUGCACGUGGCAGCAGUCCAGCUGGCGGAAGCGGAAGCGGAAGCGCAAGUGUUCGUGCGCAACGGCGCGGGAUCGACAGGAUCAGCGCAGCCGAGGAGCGGUCGCCGUGGGCGGGGUCUGCGGAGUUCGACGGCGGGGAAAGCGGCGUGCGGCGGGAGAGCUGUUCUUGGCUUCCGCGGCAAGGAAAAUGUGCGCGACGGCUACGGCUUCCUCACCUGUAAGAAUGGCUUCCGCGGAAACGACAAAAUGUGUACACGUGGCGAUCAGCGAAGAGGUACACGUGGCAACGAACUAGAGGAGGUGAUCGUGAGGUCAUCAUCCAUGGCUGCAAAUGUUCAGGCAGUGGAAGCUGAGGAGAAGGAGGAGGGGGAGGAGAAGUCGUCGUCGUUAGCAGACGAAGGACGACGAGAAGGACAAGGACAACGACAAGAAGAAGACCCUUUGCUUGUCCGCGUUGCGCGCGGCGAAGAUGCGGAGCGCGCGCCCGUGUGGUUGAUGCGCCAGGCCGGGCGGUACAUGGCGGAAUUCCGCAAAUUCUCAGACAAACUCCCGUUUCGACAGCGGUCUGAGACCGCCGACAUAGCCAUUGAGUUGUCCUUGCAGCCUUGGCGCGCUUUCCGGCCAGACGGGGUCAUCAUGUUCUCCGAUAUUUUGACCCCUCUUCCCGCUCUUGGAAUAGAAUUUGACGUCAUCAAAGGCAAAGGACCUUGCAUUGCCAAUCCCGUCAGAAGUCUAGAUUCUGUUCGCCUUCUUCGCCCGUUAGAUGACCCUGAAUCUAGUCUACCUUUCAUUAGGGAGAUCCUCUCUACACUGAGGAAAGAGGUAGCAUCAGGACGAGGAGGAGGAGGAGGAGGAGGAGGGGUUGAUGCUUCUCCUCCUGCAGUUUUAGGGUUCAUUGGCACGCCAUGGACUCUGGCUGCGUAUGCAAUGGAGGGGUCAGCAGAUCGAAAUCUCGUUAGGACGAAAGGGAUUAUGAUGAGGGAGCCAGCGAUUCUGCAUGCACUUCUGCAGCACUUGGCAGAUGCAUUAAUUGUGUACGUCAAUUAUCAGAUCGAAUCGGGGGCGCAGGUUGUGCAGCUGUUCGACUCCUGGGCUCAUCACCUCUCUCCCUCCCAAUUUGCGCAGUUUAGCCUGCCGUACGCCGAGCAGGUUAUGUCGGCCGUGAAGAAGGUUCAUCCGAAAGUUCCCCUGAUCUUUCACGCGAAUGGCGGGGCGGGAAAACUCCAUCUCAUGCGUCGGUCUAGUGCCGACGUGUUGGGACUCGAUUGGUGGAUGGACAUGAGAGAAGCGAGGACGGAGCUGGGCCCAGAGACCGUCCUGCAAGGGAAUGUGGAUCCCAUGGCACUCUUUGGGAGAGAGGAGGUGAUUAGGAAUGCGGUGGCUGAGUGCUUAGAAGCCGCUGGGAGAAGAAGACAUAUACUUAACGUUGGCCAUGGUGUCAUCCAAGGCACACCGGAAGAGUCGGUCAAAUUGUUUUGUGACUUGGCCAGACAAAGUGGACGGGGCAAGGGGGUCUCGACUUAAAUUAAUUGCUUUCUUUUUUUUUUUUUU